AAUAUAUGUUUUCUCUUUUUAAAUAAAGACAUGGUUGAAGAUGUUUAAAGAGGCACAUGUAGAAAGUCAGACGUGUUCUGCGUAAGUAUAUUUUAUAUUGCAAGAUCUAGUUAAUAUAUUUUAAUAUUUCAUAUUCAGUUUCGUAUUUUAAUGAACCUUUAUCCUACUUGUUCGGAUAUGACAAAAGGUUUUUGAAUUUUUGUAUAUUGAAGCAGAGUUAUUGUUUUUGCUAGAGAAGUUAUUGUAAAAAUUUUCAUAAUAAAGUUGACAUUUAUAGGUAAAUGUAUAUGCAGGGAUACAUUUUUCUCUUAAACUUUUCCUUAGAGCUUUUUUAACACCAUUAUGUAGGAAAAUGCUUUUGAUGUCUUAUUGAGGAAAUGAAUUGUUUAUCUUUACACAGCGACAGUGGCUACGGAAGCGGCGGCUCCGUCACGAUCAGAAAGUUGCGGAUUGCAAUUAUAAUAAACACAUUAAGGAUUUAUCUAAUGAAUCAGAUUCAUUUAAUUUUUCCCGGAAUCUUUUCAUACUUGCACUUAUGCUCCGUCAAAAUAAUGUGAUUAUUGUUAAUUCAAACAAAAUAUUGUUAAUUUCAUACAAUACAUUACGAUAUAAAGCUUUAUAUACUUAAAAUAUCUAUAAAUUGAAUAUGCAUUAUAAUUAAUGUUUAUUUUAACAAUUUGCUUUUACUUUUUUAGGGAAUUCGAGACGUUUUGAUAACCAAAGAGAUAGUGGAUACAUGUAUUCUAGAGUAAGGGAAAUUAAUGAUGACAUUAAAGAUGACUGUAAGGAAUCAAAGCGAGCAUCUACAACGGAAUCAGAUGACCCUCAGUAUUCUUAUGCUGAACAUGUAUUUGCAGCGCCAGAAAGAGUGAAUGGUAAAGAUGGUGUCUUGCGAAGACAUGCGGCAAAUUCUCGUAAUGAGAACAGUCAACAUCGAAAUCAAGUGAUAGUUGGCGACGACAGAGUUGACAAAAGAAGUUCAAAGGUUGAAGACACAGCUGUCACUGAUGAAUGUAGAUAUAUACCAUGCGUGAAAGAAAGUCUCACUUCUCCGGUUCAAGAAACUAAAUCAGGUAACAGACGCUUUGAAACACAACUGGCAACCACAGUACACAGCAAACAUAAAACAAAUCCUGCUAAGACAAUUGUGCAAGAACAAUCUGUCCAGUUGACAAGUCCUUUUAGUUCUGAUGACUACAAAACCUUUGAACAAGGUCAAGAUGAGAAUACCCGUCCGAAAGUUAUUGAUGAUAUUGCAGCUUUUGACUAUACAAUGGCAGACAGCAAUUCAUCAGCAUUCAUGAGUGUUGCAGGUUGCUCAGACUCUUUUGUUUCGGUACGACAAAAUAAACUUGAUACAGAUUCACAUUCCAUAGGAACAUCAGAAGGCGAAAAAAAUUCUGGUCAUGUUCUAACAAAAGAGAACUCAUUCAAAUCAUCACAAGUUGGCAAAUCCCCUGAAAAUGAAGGACAGUUACAAAAACAAAUAUCUUCGCCACAUUUUCAUGAUUAUUACCCGCCAGGUCUUUUAUCUGAAUCUAGCAAAGAAGACCUAGUUUUGCCGUUACCUGCACAAGGAAUCAACGAUGAAGGUGCAGAAUCAUCGAAUUGUAUUUGUAGCAAACACGACGAGGAAAUUGCAUCAGAAACACCAGUGUUACCCAUGGGCAAUGGUGAUGUAAAUUCUCAUCAGGCGUCUACGUCUUAUUCAAAACAAACUAAAUUGACAGAUACUGCGGAAACAGAAAAUACUACACAAAGCUUGGAGUCAAACUUAGAUGACGAAAGUAAUUCAUAUGAAAAUAUGACGGUUAACGAAAACAAAGAACAAAAUAUAUUCUCUACUGAAGAACAAAGAAUAAAAAGAGACAGUAACAUCAGAACCAAAAGUUCUGACAGCGAUAGCAGUACGGAUAGUGUCACGUAUGAAACCCCAGACGAGGGUGCACAACAUGAGAAUGGGAUUGUAAGUCAGAUAAAAUUUGUGAGAGACAAUAUGAAACAUUUUCAUCAUGACCAUGCUUUGGGCUUUGUAUAUAUUUCUUACACAUACAAUAAUUUAGUUAUCUUACAUUUUCCUAAUAUUUAA